AGUGUUGUAGAGGGACACAGGAGCAGACAUGGCUUCUAAAGAGAUCAUUGCCUCUGGAUUCGUCAGUGUGAACAAGGACAUCACAGAGAGCAUCAGGAAGAUAAUUGAUAAAUCAACUAUCAAGUUCAUCUGCAGCAUCAAGGUUGACGCUAAAAAUGGGAAAACAGAGGACAGGAUUCUGGUUCUCACAACAUGGCGUCUCUAUUUCCUGGCUCCAAAGAUUCCUGCAAAGGCAGAAUCCACAUUCAACUUCUUGGAGAUUCGGGCUUUGAACUCUCAUCCUGAACACCAGGUUAUCAUUGACACUGACAAGUCCACCUACUCCCUGAGGUUUGAAUCACGGAAACACGUCAGUCAUGUGGUCAGCCAUAUCAACUUCGCCCUUUCUCGAAUAUUCAACAACUCAAUCUUUGCCCCUUCCAUCUGUCACUCCGACAGUGACCUUUCUGAUGGUAGCAAGAAGUAUUCGCCCAGCUCAGAGACGUCGGUGGAAACCCAGAGAGCCUGCGGAGGCUUCUCUGAAACCUAUGCUGCUCUGUGUGACUACAAUGGCAUCAGCUGCAAAGAGGAAGUGCAGUGGGACGUGGACACCAUCUAUCACUCCCAGGACAACCGAGAGUUCAACCUGUUGGACUUCAGCCACCUGGAGAGCAGGGAUUUGGCAGUAAUUGUUGCAUCCAUGGCAUACAACACCUGGUUCACCAAACUCUACUGCAAAGAUCUGCGCAUAGGAUCAGAGGUCACAGAACAAGUUCUUCAUACGGUCAGCAAAUCUUCGAGCCUUGAGGAGAUCACGCUGGAAAAUGCUGGGUUGAAGUCGGACUUCCCCCAGAAAAUGUCAACUGCUCUGUCAGAAAACCCUGCAUCUGUCAUCCACUCCCUCAAUCUGGCACAUAACUCACUGGACAACCAAGGUGUGUCCAACUUAAUCCAGCAGGUGUGUCGCCUCAGCAAAGGCCUUAAAAUUAGCAUGUGCAAGACCUCUCUCACCUCCAAAGGUGUGGUGUCUCUCUCACAGGCUCUGUGCUCCACUGAUGAGUACUCCAACUCCCUCCUGCACCUGGACCUGAGCAAGAAUCCAGGUGUCCUCUCAGGAGACGACGCCUCGAACUUGUAUCUUUUCUUGUCUCAGCCCAACUGCCUGGUCCAUUUGGACCUGUCAGGCACAGAUUGCUAUGUGGACUCGCUAUUUGGGGCUCUUCUGAGGGGGUGUUGUGCUGAUCUCUCCUUUUUGAAUCUUUCCAAAAAUUCCUUCUCCCACAGAAAAGUCAAAGAUGCUCUGCCACUGUUCCGCCAGUUCUUCAGCUUGGCCUUCAGCCUCACUCACAUCAGCCUGGCUUCUAUGAAGCUGCCUCCUGAUGUUCUCAGGGCUCUUCUCACAGGGUUGACCACAAACCCACACAUCAAUGACCUUCAUCUGGACAUCAGUGGCUGUGAGCUGAGGACUGCAGGGGCUGCUGUAAUCCAGGAGCUCCUCCCACGGGUAUCAUCCAUUGGCACUCUGGAUAUCUCCGACAACGGUUUUGAUGCAGACAUGAUCACAGUGCUGCCAGCUCUCUCCAGACACCCCUCCCUCAAACACCUGCAUUUGGGCAAGAACUUCAACAUCAAACACAGGGUUCUGGACGAGGUCCUGCAGAAGCUAGUUCAACUAAUACAGGAGGAGGAUUGUGCCCUGCAGACACUGUCACUGACCGAGUCCCGUCUGCGCUCCAGGGGGACCGUACUGGUCAAUGCCCUGGGCAGCAACACCUGCCUGAGAAAAGUGGACCUGAGUGGCAACAGCAUGGACGACAUCGGGGCCAAGAUGCUGAGCAAAGCCCUGCAAAUCAACACCACACUCAGGAGCGUAAGCUGGGACCGCAACAACACCUCUGCGGCAGGGUUUCUUGAUGUGGCUCGUGCACUUGAACAUAACUUUACAUUGCAGUACAUGCCUCUUCCUCUGAGUGACAUCAGCCAGGCGUACCGCAGUUCCCCUGAGAAGACAGAGCAGGCUUUGACUAAGAUCCAGCGAGCGCUGGUGAGGAACAACCAGACUCAGCGUUUCUCUCAACGCCAGGCCCUGCGUCUGCACCAGGGUCUCGUCACCAGCACCGCCGAACAGGUGAUGGAGCGCCUCUGUGUUCGUGUACAGCAGCAGGUGUGUGUGUUAAGAGGUGUCGGGGAGAUGGAGGAGGUUCAAGCUGCUAAACAAGUGCUAAAGGAAGCAAGAAAUUCCCGUGCUCUCUACCCUUCACUGUGUGAGCUGGCUCAUGUGCUGUCGGUGGACGGGCCGGUGAGGCAGCGGCUGGAUUCCCUGGCCGUUGAACUCGCCAAAGCUGCAGAUAAGGAGCUUCAGGUGAUUGUGGACUCCAUGGUGUCUCUGUGUCGCGAGCUCUGUCCUUCAUCAUCCGCUGCAGCAGAGCGACUCAGUCCCUCGCUCUCAUCCGUCUCUGAACGCGUGUCCAUCCCACGCUCUGCCAUUCGGACAGCUCUAAUGGAAAGAGCAGCGCAAGACAUUCACCGAGCUUUAGAAGAAGUGAAGCUCUCAGUGGUUUCCUAUCUCACCAACUCCAUUGUGGACCAAAUCCUGCAGGAGCUCUACACCACCCAUAAAACACUGACACGACAGGUGUCCCACGUGAAGCGGUGGGAAGGGAUGUGUGAGGACGGGACGGGUUGGAGGUUCAACAGACACAGAGACUCUUUGGACAUCACUGACGAGGAGCUUGGCGCCAACAUUGACACAAUAGCUAUUAAGAAGCGCAGCUCGAGAACAAGACGAAUACGACCCGUCUCCACAAGACUGAGUUUAUGCGACGACUCCAGCUCCUCUCCGCCUCCCUCCCUGCCAUCGUAUUCAUCGCCACUGUCCCGCUCGGCAUCUUGGGAAGGCUUGUCAGAGCUGCCUACACAGGGCUUGCCUCUGCAUCAUGUUACACGAGUCCGGCCGAGACCCCCGCGCAGGCACAAAGGAGGGAACAUAACAGCUGAGACAGACUGCAGUGAAAAUGGAGGAAUAAGCCCUCUUGAUGAUGGCCUCCCUGACUUUUACUCCAAAAGAGUUCUCCCUGACAGUCAGCUUUCCUCUUUGCACAAAGCUCACUCUCUGAGAAGGAAAAAAAGGAGAAACAUGCUCGCCAUAUUUGGUUUUCGAAAAAACCGCAGCAACACUCAGGCCGGUCAGGGACCCCCGGAGUGUGAUGCAGAGAUUUAUGGAGAUGGAUGUCACACUGUUGCUACAGCUCCCACAGGCACUGCCACAGAGAACGUGUACACACUCCUGCAACCUCUGAGAAUCGCUACCAGAGCCAUUUCUCCUGGAGAAGGACCUGAUGGAAAAUCAAAUGAUCACCAGGGCAAGAAUACUCUAGUCCUGAGUCCACCACCACUGCCAGGAAUACUUCACCCAAGUGUGGGGGGGAACAAACACCCCUUCUAUUCCCCUAAAGAGAGAGCGGAUGGAGACGUGGUGUUUGAUCAGACGGAGGAGACAGACAAGUUCUGGGUAGAUGAUAAACAGAGAAGCACUCAAGCGCUACAUGCUGACAAGCUGUGGUUGGAGACUAAACAGAGUGAGCAGCAUGCAGAACGGCAGCAGUAUGACGACACGCUGCAGGAAAAAACAUUUGGAGAAGCAGGGGCAACUGAGAGACAAACAGACAGAUACUGGACUGAGAGCAGACACCCAGAAAGGCACGUGGAAAAGCAGUGGACAGUCGACCGAUACACGCAGCGGCAAAUUGACAGAAAGAUAGAGAGACAGUGGAUGGGCGGGAGGCAAAUAGAGAGGUUAUGGUCUGAGAAUAAGCCAACCGACUUAGGAGUGGACAAUCAGUGGACUGAGGGCAGGCAACACGGCAGGAAGACCGAAAGACAUGUUCAACCACUUAGCUUGUCUCAGAGGCCGCUGCCUCCAUACCCAUCAGAUCAGACGCCUUCGCCAAAAACAGAGACAGAUACGAUGAUUGGCUUAGAGCUGUCCCUUACAGAGUGGCAGCAGCAGGACACACUGGGAGACAGACACAUGUUCACUGACAGUGCUGGAGCCUUCACAGAAGGAUGGAGAAGCAGUGCAGGGGGAGCUGGAGGCAGAUCUGGUCUCUGUGCAUCGAAACCAGAUCCCCCACCACAAAGCAGUAAACCUAACCUGACCAAACUGAGGCCGAGACAUCGACUGGAGAGUGCAGAUGCUCUACCACGUCUGCCUUCCUUACCAGGUACAGAUGAAGAAGGAGAGCUGGAAACUGAUCCAGGGAAAAUAGAAAAGAAAGAAAGAGAAAAAAGACGAAAUUCGGAGAGCCAGCCUCCACCUAUUCCAGAAAAGCCAAAGACAUCAACGUUUGUGACUUUUUCAAAAGACUCAUCUAAUGAGAGAAACCUACCUCCUCCUCCUGUGCCACCUCCUGUUGUGAAGCCACUGCAUGGAUUACCAGACCGGGCUGCAAGUCAAGGUGAAGAAGGCCUCAGACCUCAGGCACCAGUGAAACCCCAGAGAAACAGAAAGGCCAUGUCUUGUGAUGCAGGCACUGACAGAGAAAGUCCUAAUAAUGUUGAGAAGCCCCCAAAUCGCAAACCCCCUGUGAAAAAACCUAGACUUCCCCAAAACAGAAAUAAGUCACUGGACUUGUCUGACAGCUUCAACUCUGCACCUGGUCAAAGUGAGCUGUUGUGAGAGGCCACCAUUGCCCCCCCCCCCUCCCCUGCUGUCCAACAGGUGUUGUCAUGACAACCGUGGAGCAUUCGUCUGACAAACAAAAGAAACGGCAUCUGAGAGGAGACAGAGACACAAAUAGAUCAUAACACGUCUGUCACUUGUUUGAGUUAAAACUGUCACUUUUCUGAACAACAAAGGAUGUUUCUCCUUCUUUGACAUCACUGUGCUUUUGUUUUUUUUCCAGUACAAAAAAAAAUAGGUUUUUUUUUGUGUGUGUGGCUUUUGGUGUUUUAUACCAGUUUGCAUCCCUAGGUAACCAAAACAAUCACGACCCUUUGUGCCAAUGGACAGUGGGCUGGGCAUUCAAACAUUGUGGCUUCGUGAGACAGAAGACAAAGUAUGUCUUGAUUAGAAUGUAAUUUCCUAAAUGUACUAUACGUUUUAACUGCUGACACAGAUGAUUGCCUUGG